AGAAAGCACACACAGACUCUUGACUGAGAGCUGUGCCCGAGCCUGCUGCACCUGUCUCCAUCUAUCUGCAGAGAUUUUCUUUUUAAAGAAGAAUUAUUUCCAUUGUUUGGAAAACUUGUGGGCCUUAUCAAGGGUGAAACCUGUCGCCACACACUCAGCCUUGCCUUUGAUAAUGUCUUCCUUCAAACUGGACUUCUUACCGGAGAUGAUGGUGGACCACUGCACCCUGAGUUCCAAUUCUGUAUCGAAGAAGAUGAAUGGGUCUCUGGAUCACCCCGACCAGCCCGAUAUCGACUCCAUCAAGAUGUUUGUUGGUCAGAUUCCACGGUCUUGGUCAGAGAAGGAACUAAAGGAGCUCUUUGAGCAGCAUGGCGCUGUAUAUGAAAUCAAUGUGCUUCGAGACAGGAGUCAGAAUCCCCCUCAGAGUAAAGGCUGUUGCUUUGUAACAUUUUAUACACGUAAGGCAGCACUGGAAGCACAAAAUGCUCUUCACAAUAUGAAGAUUCUGCCUGGGAUGCACCAUCCUAUACAGAUGAAACCAGCUGACAGUGAGAAGAAUAAUGCGGUGGAGGACAGAAAGCUAUUUGUGGGGAUGAUUUCCAAAAAGUGCAAUGAGAAUGAUGUCCGUGUCAUGUUUUCACCAUUUGGACAGAUAGAAGAAUGUCGAAUAUUGCGAGGCCCAGACGGACUGAGUCGAGGCUGUGCGUUUAUAACGUUUGCCACCCGCUCCAUGGCCCAGAAUGCAAUCAAGACCAUGCACCAGUCGCAGACGAUGGAGGGUUGUUCUUCGCCAAUUGUUGUGAAGUUUGCUGACACACAGAAGGACAAGGAGCAGAAGCGUAUGGCUCAGCAGCUCCAACAGCAGAUGCAGCAGCUCAAUGCAGCCACCAUGUGGGGCAACUUGGCUGGACUCAAUACACUGGGACCUCAGUAUUUAGCACUUUAUUUGCAGCUCCUACAGCAGUCAGCCUCCUCGGGGAACCUCAAUGCACUGAGCAACCUACAUCCCAUGGCUGGCCUGAAUGCCAUGCAGCUACAGAACCUUGCUGCUCUGGCUGCAGCGGCAAGUGCAGCUCAGAACACAUCACCAGGCACCAAUGCAUUGACAACAGGCAGCAGUCCCCUGAAUGCACUGACCUGUUCAGGGUCUUCAAGCAGUAACAGUACCAGCUCCUCAUCGGUGAACCCAAUGGCAUCGCUGGGGGCUCUGCAGACACUGGCAGGGGCAUCGGGCGGUCUCAACGUCAGCUCUUUAGCAGGUAUGGCGGCUUUGAAUGGAGGGCUUGGAUCUGGAGGCCUGUCGAAUGGUACAGGCAGUGCCAUGGACGCUCUGACCCAGGCAUACUCAGGGAUUCAGCAGUACGCAGCUGCAGCACUCCCCUCCCUCUACAACCAGUGUCUCCUCAGCCAACAGAGCCUCAGUGCAGCCGGAAGUCAGAAAGAAGGACCAGAGGGAGGUAAUCUAUUUAUAUACCAUCUGCCCCAGGAGUUCGGCGAUCAAGAUCUGCUCCAGAUGUUUAUGCCUUUCGGGAAUGUUGUUUCUGCCAAGGUUUUCAUUGACAAGCAGACAAACCUGAGUAAAUGCUUUGGAUUUGUAAGCUAUGACAACCCAGUUUCCUCACAGGCUGCCAUACAGGCAAUGAAUGGCUUUCAGAUUGGCAUGAAGCGCCUCAAAGUUCAACUAAAGCGCUCGAAGAAUGACAGCAAACCAUACUGAGCUGUUGUCAAAAUAAACUUGAGUUUAAACCUGUUUAACUGGUAAGUUGGCACCGGUGUGGAACCAAUCGUGAGAGG